AUGCCUCAUAAAUCGGAUGAUCCUCGGCAAGUGUUGGCUGUUUUAAAUUCAUUAGGAUUUGUUGGUAUCACAGCAGAUCAAUUAAAAGCAUUUAUGAAAGAUCUAAAAUUGCUACGUAAAAUAAAAGAACGUGAACGUCAAGAACACCAAGAGGAGUUAAAGAAAAAAAUUUUCUGCAAACACCAGAAAGCAGUGGGAGAGUUUUUGAAUGAUGCUCCUAAUGGUAGUAAUUCUUCAGAUGAUUCUGUUAUAAAAAUAAAGAUAAAAUAUGUAUCUGAAUCAGAGUCUGAGGAUGAUGAAAAUGAUGAUAAAUUGUUACAAUCACGUCGACGCCGGGAAUCUCCAAGUCCACGACGAAGGCAAGAAAAAAUAUUCAAUGGAAACCAAAAAAGUUAUUCAGCGAGAUGUCAAAGUUAUGUUACAAAAGACCAAACAUCUGAAAGAGCAAAAUGUUCUCGGGAAAGUGAAAAAUGUAAAUCAAAUCCAACUGUUGAUCAUCUACUUCCCGAGAGAGCUGCUAGUGCACCGGAAUUAUCAGGACAGAUAUCUCGGCAAUCAAGAUCUAAAAGCGUUGCCUCUGACUCCACCAGGACAACUGGAGGAAUAUUGAGAGAUUCCUCUCGUAGUUUGUCUCGGACAAGACCUAAAGCAUUUAUCAGGCCGUGGAAAUUACAAACAGACCCAUCACGUCUUUCGCAAAAAACUAAAUCAGAUCCUGUAAUGCUUUACCACAAGUAUCAAAAAGAAUGGAAACAAAUAUCAUUUCUUCAAGAUAAUAAGCACGCCAAUAUCAGAUGGGCUGUGCGUGAGAAAAUGCUUGGAGGUGAUCCUACUCCUAGGCCAAUUUUAAAGAAAACCAGGAGUUCUCUCAGUGUUAAAAAAAGCCAAUAA